AUGCUCUGCACGCGUCCGGUGACGAGGGCAUUGGCUCGAGGGCAGCGGGGCGCGGAGUGCUACGGGCGCGGGCUACUGCUUCCUGCCGGACUGCGCCGAUCCACUGGAAUGAGCGACGACUCUCAGCAGUUCAAGUUUGGUCAGUGGCCUAUAGACAGGAGCCAGGUCUUCCUCACAACAGACCUUUCCUACGCCUUCGUCAACCUGAAGCCCGUGGUGCCAGGCCAUGUGCUGAUCAGUCCCAAACGAGUUGCAAAGAGGUUUGGGGACCUGACACAAGACGAAGUUAGUGACCUCUGGCAAUUGGCCCAGAAGGUGGGCAGGGGGAUUGAAAGCCACCACCAGGCGAGCUCUCUGACUUUCGCCAUCCAGGACGGUCCUGUGGCUGGUCAGACUGUGGAACACGUGCACAUCCACUGCAUGCCCCGGAAAGAGGGAGACUUCGAGAAGAACGACAAAAUCUACGACGAAAUAGAAAAGCAGUCUGAGGAAUACAAAAAAGCUGCCGAAUCCAACUUCGACCUCGACAAGGAGCGCAAGGACCGCACGGAUGAGGAAAUGGCAGCGGAAGCUGCUGAAUAUCGCCAAUUGUUUCAGUGCUGA